AUGGCUACCGCAAGGAAGAUCCUACUAUCACCGUCGGAUUCGGGCGUAUUCUCGUCUGGAAUAAGGGAGGAUUCUGCACGGACGGCGAACGAGGUGCUACAGGAAGAUCUGGAGAAGCAUCAUGUAUAUUUCAAUGAUAUGGGAUUUCACAACCAUAUCGUCCAUCAUGUCCUGACUAUUUUCGCCCUGGGAGCGUCUCCCGAGGAAAUAAAAGCUGCCUAUAACAAAGACAAGAGCUAUCAAAGGCCCGCCUUACCAGCCGAUCAAACGGUAAUACAGUCGCUGUAUGAUAAGGCAGAGUUUCAGAAAUGCCUCGGGAGACAUAAGAACUACCCCAAUUUUCUGGCUUACUUCCAGCAGGAAAUGGAAAGGAAAGGAGUGGAAAACGUUAUCAACGAGUACUUGUUCUCUGGAGAUGAGCUCGCGGAAAACUUGCUGAGCCGGCUAUUUGGAGGUCUCCUUCAUCCCUUGAUCCACCUGGGAUUUGGGAUCGAGUUCGAUCAACCCGCAAUUAUAGCAGAAGCGCUUGCCCAAACAGCGAUUCAUGAGGACUGGAUGAGUCCAAUGUUCCUCUGGCCAGCCGAAAAGGCCGCCGGGGGUAUUGGCAAACCAGGAAAGAAAACCAUGGUCCAAAUCCUGGAGGAAAUGCGUGCGAAUAAAAAGUUGGCCAGCUCCGCCCAUUUCAACGAUGCUAAUAAAAUGAGGGAUGGAGUUCUCCAACGAGCCCCAGAGGAAAUGAUCCGAUAUGCCGCAGAGUUCACGGUUUCGAGCGAUCAGUUGGAAGAAAAACUAGUGGAGAUGAUCGACACCGUCGCGUAUUAUACUAGCACUGCUCAACGGCCCUCAAAGGAGAUUAAGUUUGAUUUCUUCUUCAUACACUGUCUAAACUCGUCCAUCUUCUUCUCCAAAAUUAUAACCCUUCCGUUCUUGAGCAUCCAAACCAGACUACGCCUCCUGGAAUGGAAGGGACGCAUGGACCUCUUGCUCUAUGUAUCUCGUGGAGCUCCUGACCUUCUGAUGGAUGAAGUAACGACAUAUCCUGCUUCAAGAACCUGGAGGACCAUUUUUGAGCAUUGCAAUGUGCACCCUGGGGAUGAUGGACAUCUGCCGAAACUGGCGAGAGCCUUAGCCCAUGGGGAAAAUGCGUGCCGUAGCUUCGAAGCUCAGGCGAAAGAGAAAGGGCACAUGAUUACGGGUGAUAUGUGGCUUAAGAUCGGCAACAUGGGUAAGCUGAGCCCGAUUGAAAUGCUCACAUACUUACGUAUGUCGACGGAACUGAUCAUUUGGGUCUUCUAUCUUCUAGUUAUGGAUUCGACAUCGGACCAGCAGCCACUGUGGGUCCGCUCAACGGGUUUUGCUGAAGCAUGGGCGGGAUUCAGGGACCGACAGCAUCGCCUGUGA